UUAUUUCAUGACUAUCCCAGCCCAUUUUCUGCAUACUAAUGCGAUGAAAAGAAUAUGUGAUAAAGAAAAUUUAUAUCAUGACAGAAUGAAUGAGUGUCAUCCUUAUUAAACUUUAAUCAAGUGAUCCAUUUGUAUUAUACAGUAAUAGCACUCAUGAGUAUAUACUGUAUUAUGAAUUAUAUAUAUAUAAUCAUUUUAAAAGUUAUGAAAAUUCUUCCGUACAAUUGUUUUUCUGUUGUAUUAUAUUGAUAUAAUGUAAAAAAAAUGAAACGACCAAUCAAGAAAUUUUUUAACCGGUCACAUCCUUACCAAUAUCAUCAAAGAAAUUUUGCUACUAUACCUGAAGCUAAAAAAGCGGGAGCAAUAGAUCGUAUAGAAAAUGGAGAAACUAAAUUAAAAUUGUUAACUUUAUUUCAAGAGAACAUGAAUUAUAUCAAAUUAACAGAAAUACCACAAACAUAUUUCUUGAGAUUUGAUCGUGCACUAGAAUAUACUGGCAAAUUUAUGUAUAGAAUAAAUGAUGAGAUGCCAAAUAUCUUAACUUCAUAUGAAAGUGAAAACAGUAAAGAAAUAAUUGUUCGAUUAUCUGAACCAUAUCAAAUAAAAAAAUGUGAUAUUCUUCCGAAAAUCAAAAACGAAUCAUAUGAUUCUGAGAUGAACGAAGGAAAAGAAGUUAAAUAUCAAGCUUAUCAGAAUAGAGAGCAAUCUGUUGAGACUGUUGGAGAAUGGCUUAAUAAACAACAUACCGAUGAAGAGGAAAUAGAUAUGCAAAAUUAUGAUAAAAAGAAGAUUGAAGUCAAAGGAGCGAUUAAUUUGCGUGUUGUUUUUGAUGAAGACGACUUAAAUUAUAUUUCUCCUUUACAAAGAGAUGUCUUGGAAUUUUUGUUCAAGGAAUUUUAAGUGAAGGAUUUGAACUAAUCUUUGGUACUAUUAGUGAAAUUAUAUUGCUAUCAAUAAAGAAUUAAUAUUAUUAGAAAAUUAUUUUGCUAAUAUAUAGAAUAAAUGUCACAAAUUAGUAUUAAAACUUUUGGCAAUACUAGCUUAUAAUAUUCAAGGUUUAAACAUUUUCUUUCAUUAUAAUUAAUGACUGUAAAGUAUCAUUUAAGCCAUAAAUGUUAUCAUUAUCAGCAUUAGCAAUAAAAUUCAUUGUAAAAUUUGGUUUUUGGAACCUCACCAGGAAAAACUAUUUUAAUAUUAAACUAAUUAACUAGUUAAUAAUUAGGUUUAUUAUGAAAACAGCUAAAACAAGGCGGAAUUCCUCCGUAUGGUCCAGUUAUGAUAUCAUCUGAAAAAUCACCCCAUGAUUAUCGGAUCUUAGUAUAGUUAGGAUAAUUUUUACCAAUAACAACAGCUAUAUCAUAACUAAAUAGAAUGAUUGAAUAUUUUAG